CUUCCACCACCACCACCACCACCACCACCACCACCACCACCACCACCACCACCACCACCAUCGCCACCAUCGCCACCACCACCACCACCAUCGCCACCACCACCACCACCAUUACCAUCACCACCACCAGUGAUGGUGGAGUUUAUUUAA